AUGAUUUUUCUUCGCACAGGCCUUGGCCUAAACGGAACCACCUCGGUCCCUGGAGAGAAACAACCCGAAGUCCCGGAAAAAGAAAGCCUCAAAAAGGAGCCCAUGAACUGUCCGAAUGAAUACCAUGAACUCAAAACAAACCACCUCGAUGUGCAAGACCUACACCCUGCAAUGACCAAGGAGAUGAUCACCAUAUUCCGACAAAAGGGAACCGACUACCAAAACUGGAUCAAUUACCCAGACGACAAGGACUGCCGAAGACCAUGUAUCGUUUCACCAUCCACACUAAAAAUGGACGAGCUGAUCCGACCCUCCGACGAUAGGAAUCAAUGGGACGCAUAUUUCAAUGCAUUGGUAGAUGCACCCGAGGAAAUAGGAGAUCCUCGUCCACUCGAUCUCCCAAGAGGACUGGAUUACCACAAGCUAUAUCUCCGCAAAUUGGGAACUGAAAAAGACGGUUCUCUGGGUUGGAAUAAAUACCACGGUCGUGUGGCGCACACUGCUAUCUUCGCUGAUAACAAUGUCAGGCUUGAUGGUCCUCAAUGGUCGCAAAUUGCGCAGGCGCAUUACCAGGACUUUUUUGACAUUGAUUCCCUGAAAUAUGUUUUUCGGAUGACGGUCGUCAAUGAGGAGACGCAUACCUUUGUGGCUAAGGUGCUUUAUCCGAGAUAUGGGAUUGAACUUGCGGGGGAUUGCCAACUCAGGCCCUGGUUGUAUGAUACUGAUGAUUAUCGGGAAAUUAUGGGGACUCCGUUGGGAAAGGCUGUUGGUGCUCUUGUCUUGGGGGCUUUCCCUAGGGGCACAAGAAGGGUUAUCCAGAUCCUUACUUGGCAGUUUGAUGGGGAUUUGCAGAUGAGAUUUGAUAUUUCGCGGAUUCCAUCAGCCAAGAAUAAUUGA